AUGGACCUUCCACACUCCCUGGACUCCUCCUGGAGAAUUCCUCUGCCUGGAAGAUUUUUCUUCCUCACCCUCCUCUUCAACUUCCUUCUCCUUCAACCUGGGGAGCCCAACUCAGGUAACAAGGUGGUUGGCCCCGGGGAAUCCAUCCUGGCACAUGUUGGCGACGAGGUGGAGUUCUCCUGCCACCUGUCCCCUUACCAGGAUGCAGAGGACAUGGAGAUUCUCUGGUUCCGCAGUAAGGAGUCGGAAGUGGUCCACCUGUACCAGGAGCGACAAGAGCUCUUGCACCAGCAGCUGGCACAGUUCCGGAACAGGACCAAGCUUAUCAGAGACGAAAUCUUGGAUGGCAGCGUGAUCUUGCAUCUUCAGGACAUCAUCCCAGCCGAUGAGGGCCCCUAUGGGUGUCGCUUUGUCUCCAGCCAUUUCUCUGGAGAAGCCAUCUGGGAACUGGAGGUAGCAGGACUGGGCUCAGAUCCUCAUAUCUCUCUUGAGGGCUUUAAAGAAGGAGGCAUUCAGCUGAAGUGCCGCUCCAGUGGUUGGUAUCCCAAGCCCCAGACUAACUGGAGGAACCAUAAGGGACAAUGCCUGCCUCCUGAAGCUGAAACCAUCGUUGAAGAUGCCCAAGGCCUGUUCAGUCUGGAAACUUCUGUGGUGGUUCACAAGGGGGGCCACAACAAUGUGUCCUGUUCCAUUCACAACCUCUUCCUGAACCAGAAGAAAGAGUUUGUGGUCCAGAUUGCAGAUGUAUUUUUACCCGGAGUAUCCUCAUGGAAGAGAGCGUUCCUGGGCACGCUGGCGGCACUGCCAUUUCUUUUUGCUCUAGUCACUGCACCUGCACUGUACCUUUUUCAGAAGCAACGGAGGUCCCAAGAAAAGCUGAGGAAGUGGGCCGAGAAAGACAAAGAGAAACUCGCAGCUGAGCUGGGGAAGCUUCACACAGAGCUUGAGUGGAGAAGGGCAGAAGGCCAAGCUGAGUGGAGAGCCGCCCGGGAACACGCAGUGGAUGUGACCCUGGAUCCGACCUUGGCCCAUGCCAGCCUGGAGGUCUCUGAGGAUGGCAAGCGUGUUUCCUCACGCUUGGAGUGGCCAGAGCAAGAGGCAGCCCCAGACCCUCGCUUCCCGGAGCACAAGUGUGCUCUGAGCCGCGAGCACUUCUCAGUGGGCCGCCACUACUGGGAGGUCCACGUGGGCCACCGCAGCCGCUGGUUCGUGGGCGCCUGCCUGGCAAGGCAGGAGCCGAGGUGGUGUGGACGCCUGAGCCCUGCCAACGGCUACUGGGUGAUGGGGCUGUGGAAUGGCUGCGAGUACUUCAUGCUGGACACACACCGUGUGGUGCUCACCCUGCGGGUGCCCCCGAGGCGCCUGGGCCUCCUGCUGGACUGUGACGUGGGGACACUGUCCUUCUUCAACGUGACCGAUGGCUCGCACAUUUUCACGUUCACAGGCACUUUCUCAGGCCCGCUCUGCGCCUAUUUCAGGCCCAGAUCACAGGAUGGGGAGCCCGCCGAGCCGCUCACUAUCUGCUCAGUGCCAGGAAGGAGGGUGCAGGUUCCCCAAGAAAAUGACAUUGACUUCUUGUUACAGCCCUAUGAGCCCUCCGACCCUGCCCUGGGCUUGUGGUGA